AUGGCCCGAUUGGGUGAUGGUAAGCCUGUCCCUGCUUAUUGCUACAGCCCUACCCGCUUCUUUUCCCGCAGCCACUAUAAGCCCAUCGCGGGAGCUAAACAGCGGCCAACAGGCGAUUACGACGCCAUAACAAAUUGGCGAUGGUGCAUCUUGCGCCAAGUAGCCGCAGCAGCAAGCGACGAGGAAUAA